AAUUCGCGCUCCCCUCCUGCAGGUUGUCCCCCAGUUUCGGUAGGCCAGGCAGCAGAGGCAGAAAGAUGGCCAGCGACGGCUGCCAGCCUGUGGAGUGGUCGGGGCGUGGGGGCUUCACUCACCUCCUCCACCACCCUGGCUUCGUCAAGACGGAGACCUAUGGAAGCGCAAGGCACGCCCAGGGCCCGCAGGAGCAGGAGGAGCAUCAGGCGGCCAGCAGCAGCGGCAGGGGCGGCGACCGCACAGGGGUGUGGAAGGGGCCGGCGCCUCGGGGCUAUGUCGCCGAGCCAAUGCAUGCGCAGGACGAGUCGCAGGCUGCCACCGACAAGCCCAUCAACGACACGCCGUAUGUGCUGCUGCCAGGGGGCACCCGCAUGCCGCUCAUCGGGCUGGGCACUUACAAGACCGAGAGCCCAGAGGCGAUCCGCAAAGCGCUGGAAGUGGGGUACCGCCACAUAGACUGCGCCACUGUGUACGGCAAUCAGGCGCUGGUGGGGGAGGGCCUCAAGGACUUCCUCGCGCAGGGCCGCCGCGGCGAGCUGUUCAUCACUGGGAAGGUGUGGAACGAUGCGCACAGGCCCGAGGCGGUCAGGCGGUCUGUGGAGCGCACCAUUGCGGAGCUGGGGUGCGCCCAUCUGGACCUGUGCCUGGUGCACUGGCCCGUGGCGUGGCUGCCAGGCACCGAGCAGACGGACCCAGAGGUCACGCUGCAGCAGACGUGGCAGGCCAUGGAGGCGCUUGUGGAUGAUGGUCUGGCCAGGCACAUCGGCGUCAGCAACUUCAGCCUGCGGCAGAUUGAGGAGGUGCUGGGCUACGCCCGCAUCAAGCCUGUGGUGAACCAGGUGGAGCUGCACCCGCUGCUGGCGCAGCGCAAGCUGGUGGGCGUGUGCCUGCGCAAGGGCGUGCACAGCGUGGCCUACUCGCCGCUGGGCCACCGCAAAGACAACGAGCUGAUGACCCACCCCGCUGUGCUGGAGGUGGCGGCGGAGGCGGGCAAGUCGCCGGCGCAGGUCCUCCUGAAGUGGAAUGUGCAGCGCGGCGUGGCUGUGAUCCCCAAGGCCGGCAGCGAGCCGCACCUGAGGGAGAACAUUGAGGGGCUGUUCAGCUGGAGUCUGACCUGGGACCAAAAGGCAAAGCUGGAUGCCAUCGACUGCGGGAAGCGCUUCGUGGACAAUGCCUGGCACACCUGGGAGGAUGCCGAGGAGGGCGGCGCCGCCAAGCCCAGCCGCGUGCUGUGAGGGGCGGCCUGUGCUGGCUCCGCCGGUGGCGGCGCUGUGCGGCCCUGCCUGGCACCCGCGGCGGCGUUUCUGCCUAGGCUGGCCUGCGUGGUGCGCAGGUGCAGCGCAGCGGCUUCAUGAUCGGGCGCCUCAGCACAGUGUGUAAAGCAUGCGCAUGA